AUGUCAUCUCCACCAAACCCUAGAGCUAGAAAGCAACCUCGUAGAGGUCGUUAUUCUUCUCAAUUAGCAAGUACCAGAGGAAAUGCCAGAAAUGCCAGAGGUGGCAGCAAUGCUCAAAUUGUAUCACCUAUCCAAAAUGCAUCACCUAUCCAGCAUGCAGCAUUUUCUACUUCCACAUCCUUUGCAGAAGAAAUGGCUGCAGUUGCCGCUCCUCCACUUACCACUGCAGUCCCUCUCGAUACUCCACGAUUCGCAGAUCUCGGUGCUGAAAAUCUCCUCAACCCAAUCCUUCUCCAGACCAUUACUGAAGACUUAAAAUUCGACCACAUGAUGCCGGUUCAAGCCGCAACUCUCCGUCCUUUACUUUCAGAACGCGCAGAUUGUUUGGCACAGGCUAAGACUGGAACUGGAAAAACCAUUGCUUUUCUUAUUCCUGCGAUUCAGACACUUAUUAACAAACAGAGACGUCCUCAAGAUGGAAUUUCUCUGUUAGUCAUGACACCAACGAGAGAACUUGCACAGCAAAUAGCAAAGGAAGCGAGUCAAUUAUUACAACGUCUUCCUUAUUAUAAAGUUGGAUUUGCCAUCGGUGGAACAAAUAAAACUGCAGAGGAGAAGAAUAUUUUGAAGGGCUGUAAUAUUCUUAUUGCUACUCCAGGUCGAUUAUUCGACCAUCUUAAUGAUGAAAGAAUUAUCGAUGCUUUCCGCAAUCUCGAUACCAUCGUUCUUGACGAGGCAGAUAGAUUACUCGAUAUGGGAUUUAUGAAUGCCAUUAAAGAUAUUAUCAGAUGUCUCCCAGACAAGGCCAAAACCAACAGACAAGGAAUGCUCUUCUCCGCCACUAUUGCUCCUCAUGUUGAAAAGGUCGCUCACUUAGUUCUCUCAAAAGAUUACAAGUUCAUCUCCACCAUUCCCAAGGGAGAAGUCAAUACUCAUGAACGUGUUCCUCAACAUCUCGUUACCGUUCCAAAUUUCUCUGAUGUGGCCCCAGCAAUGGUAGGUUCUAUUCGCGAAGAAAUGAAAUUGGAAGGUAAGGAUAGCUUCAAGGCUAUUGUUUUUGCGCCUACCGCUGCCCUUGUAGACUUCUACGCCGAUAUUCUCUCUCAACUAUCAGAUCUCCCACCCAUCACCGCAUUACAUUCUCGUGUAUCUCAAAGUAAGAGAACAAAAGUCACAAACGAUUAUCGUGAAGCCAAAAAUGGUAUUCUUGUAGCUACAGAUGUAGUUGCUCGUGGAAUGGAUUUCCCGGGCGUCACUAACGUCUUUCAAGUUGGCAUUCCAGCCGAUAAAGAAUCUUACAUUCAUCGUCUAGGUCGUACAGCGAGAGCAGGCAAAGAAGGUCGUGGUGUAUUCAUCGUCACAGAUGCCGAAGGCGCAUUUCCAAAAUGGACAUUGAAAGAAAUCCAAUUUCUACCAACACCCGCAGAUCUGAGCUCUGCAAAUGAUGUUUUAAGAGUAGCAUCGAAGAUGGAUAAUCAUUCAAAAACAUAUCAAGCUUGGUUGGGAUACUAUAAGAACCAUCUUAAACUUAUGAAGUGGGAUAAUGCGGAGUUAGUUCGUCAAGGCAAUGUUUAUGCAAAGGAGGGAUUGGGUGCACCAGAGACGCCAACUCUUUACAGAGGCAUUGUGGGAAAGAUGGGACUUAAGGGUACUCCAGGUUUGACUAUCAUUCCAGAUCCUCCUAGAGUUCCACAUGGAGGAGGAAGAGGUGGUGGUGGUGGCGAGGGAAGAAGUGCCGGGAGUGGAGGAAGAGGUGGUAGAGGCGGUAGAGGUGGUGCUAGAGGUGGCAGAAACUGA